UAUACUGUAGUAAUGUAUUCAACUGUUCCAAAUGUAGUACUAGAUUAAAAUCUUAAAUUUACUUUAAGAUUGUUAGUGGAGAGAUCUGAUCGCUUACCAUAUCUCUCUCAAUACCGAACUAUAUUUGAUGGAUAUACAGACAGUUUAAAGCAAUAGAGAUGACCGAAAAGCUAAAGAUAGGAGUUGUUAUAUCAUCCACCAGAGAGGGUCGCAUAGGAGAAAGGGUUACAGCUUUUGUGAAAAAUGCCAUCCUUAAGGACCAAGAAGUUGUUGUAUUUGCCCUGGACGCAAUCGUACUUGUAUGUGCUGAAUACAACUGGUGCCUACCCCCCGCCCAUGGACAACAUUCCCCCACACACUGUGGCAUGGAAGCCAUGUGGAUUUGUUACCUAUGCCAUCGGACCAAUGGGAGGGUCAAGAGCCGCGGUGCAGCUUCGGAUAUUUACGGGCGGUAUGGGCAUGAUGGCUGUACCAACUUGUACAACUAUUACACAAGCCCACGAAACACUAGAUGAGAGCGGAAACACCGAAG